AUGGCGCAUGCUUAUCUCUUGCGUAGUGAAUUCACCCUGUUUUCCCAUGUCCUGUCGAGCGUAGGUGUCCUCAUGGGCCACGUUCCAUCACAACCAGAAGUCCCCCGUCCAGCCCUCCGAGAGCGGCGGUUCCCAUCCAGUGUGUAUGGCACGCUGCGAUACGGUAGUGUGGAGGAGGUCGGGCAGUUGUUGGAGGAGGACCCGGCUGGUAUGGCUGAGUACGAGGGCGCUUCGGGCCUCACUCCUGUCAUCCUUGCUGCCAAGUUGGGUCGAGUUGAUGUCCUCGAGAAGUUGCUGAGGUGUGGUAUGCCUGUGGGCUCUCACAGUGCCAUCACUACGCCCCUCCUGGAGGCAUUGGGCCGGGCUAGAUGUGACUGUGUUGAUUUGUUACUCAGGAGCUCCCCUACUCUGGUGACAGUCGCCAGCUUAUCUGGUGUGACGCCUCUGAUGUCAGCUGUCGCGGGAGGAUGCAUGCACUGCAUUGAAGAGGUCUUGAUACGGCUCGGGCCAGUGCAUCCCUCUGCCUCGGCGGGAGUCCUAUCGGAGGGGCGAACUAGCGUCUCUCCUAUGCAGAUCGCUGUAGCGACUAGUAGGAAGGAUGUGGUGCAGCGGCUGUUGGACAGCGGGAUAGGCCCGGAUGAGGGCAGCGUUGAGGAAUGUGUAAGAUUGCAAAAUGACAACAUACUGUAUUUACUGUUGGAGUCUCUCCCUGAGGGUCCCAACGCUGUACUGGAUGCGGCUCUGGUGGAGGCUUGUAGGGGCUGCUCGAACGCUGGUCUUGUAGCUCGCCUCCUGAGCGAGCACGGAGCUCGAGUCAGCCCUAAGGCACUUCAAGCGGCCACUGACCCGGGGAUAGUGGCGAUUUUGAUGAGCAACUGCCAGGCGUUGAGAUUUAGUGACAGUGAAUGGAUCGGAAUAUUGGGGGCGCAUGUGAGCCAUUCGAGGGUGCUGGAGACGCUCUGGUCGUCCACUUGGAUUCCACAACGGGCAAGGCUGAAGGCACUCGAGAUCGCGGUGGCCCAAGACGCCCCCAGUGCUAUUGUGAGGGUCAUGGAGAAGACCAGUAACGGUGUUCUGCUGCCCAGGGACGAUCUUGAGGAGGCCCUACUGGUUCGGUCAGCCCAGUGCGGCUCCACCAGAUGUCUGUAUUAUUUACUGCGUGAUUAUGCUACUAUUUCCAUCUCCCUACCGAAGAUAAGACUGAAGGUGGUACCGAAUACGUACGUGGAUGCUCUUGAGAGGGCUUCUGUCAAUGCCCAUCACACUGUGUUAGAUAUGCUGCUCAACAACGGCUGUAUGGUAACUGAGACCGCCCUAGUGGCUGCCACUCUAGGUGGCUCAGAACUGUGUCUGCAGCGGCUACUCUUCUCGGCCGACAUCAAAGGGUUGAAGGAAAGUCUCGGGUGGUGGUACGACUCCCUGCUCAUUGCGGCCUACACAGGGCACGUGGGUUGUGCACGCGUGCUGCUUUCCUUAUGGCCGGACAAGGCAGCAGAGAGGAUACGUUUGAGCGACGGAGGAGGCGUUCGGGCAACGCCGUUGAGCGUCGCAGCGCUGAGAGGUCACGUUGGGAUGGUCCACCUGUUGGGUGAGUAUUGCAACACUAAGCAGAUGGUCAAUGCUUUGGAGGUCGCAGCGUUCAUGGGAUAUCCCAGAGUCUGCGAGGAGGUGCUGAAGGCCCUCCCUCAGCCGUUACCAGGCUGGGCGUUGCCUCGGAAGACUAAGCACGAGGGCAUCAGCCUAUGGUUGCAAGAUUGCACUAAGGCGGAGAUCAUCAGCUGA